GCUCGGCUUGGCUGUGCUCGGCGUCGCUCAGUCCGCAGCCUCGGCUCGACCCCGCCGGAGGCGUGGGUUCGUCUGGCGUUCAGGGAGAGAGAGAUAUGUCCUUGAAACCAUUCACCUAUCCAUUGCCCGAAACAAGAUUUUUUCAUGCUGGCAGGCAUGUGUACAAAUUUAAAAUCCGGUAUGGCAACUUCAACAGCUCUCCCAGUCUCAGUCUCACUGAAAGCGCUGCCAAGGAGUUGGAGGAAGUGAUUCGAGUAAUCCUUGGAAAUCUUGAUAAUUUACAUCCAUUUUCUACAGACCAUUUCACCAUCUUUCCAUAUUUGAGUAAAUGGGAGCGAGUAUCAAAAAUGAAAUUCAAACAUGAGAAUGUCCAUCUUGUGCCUUAUCCCUACAUUUGCACGUUGUAUCUAGAAUUGAACUCAUUUCAGCGAAACAUAUCUUGUGGUAAAGAAGUAAACAAGGGCAGUGAUGAGCUUGUCAGGAAAAGAAAUGAAAUGUCAGAAAGUACUGCAAUGAAAGAAGCAGUGAAGAGGAGAAGAGUGGAAGUCAGAGAUGAUACCUCAUGCCCACAGUCUUGUAUGGACAGAACUGGAGCUGACUGUGUUCACCACAUGAGUAAAGCAGAGCAAGGAUUUGGAAAGAAUUCCUCCAAAGCAAAUGAGCUUGAGUUCAGCCCAGCACCCCUUACUAAAGACUGUGACCAACUGGGUUUCUGGGGGCCUGUGGAAUUUGCCCUUAAACAAAAAAGAGUAGCUGUCAGUCAGGCUGCGGGUGCAGUCCAGCUGCUGCAGCAAAUGGACCAAACAGGAAAGAAAGGAAACGUGAAGUCAGAAGGAAGAGGUCUCUCACGGUUUUGGAGAAGCAUCAUCUUUUCACCACUACAACAUCUUUUUGGUGGAAAAAACUGACCUGGAAGUACUAAUUGUUGUGGAAAGGUAGAUUUGUAGUAUGAAUAUUGGGUUGCACUGUUUCUUCUGUAAGCAUUGUAAAGCUUUCUUAAAAGCAUUGCUUGUCUCAGCUAUUAAAUGUUUUAAAUUCUACUUUUCUAAUGUUUUCAAAGUAACAUUCCGAAGACGUUGGGUGCGAACAACAUGUUGGGUUUUUCUUCACAUCUUAGAGAUUUUGGAAUAGAGCAAGAAACUUUAAGAUUUUGAUGCUUAAGUGUCAUAAAUUGUGAAUUUCAUGUUAUGUGGUAUUCUAAUAAAACAAGCAUC